AUGGUGACCAACCACCCCACCCCGGCUCGCGUUUCCCCUAGUCGUUUGGUAUUCCCAACGGAAACCUCCUCAGUUGUGGACAUGGAAUGGAUUGAGAAGAACGCACCUGUGGGUACUGUCACUAGAGAGUGGAUGAUGAAGCAUCCGCCGCACGGAACAGACAUAGAGUGGAUAAAGAAGAAGUCGAAGCAGUUUUCGGCCCAUGGGCAGGAGUCUGUGCUGGAUUAUUAUAGGAGGAAGUAUGGGGACCCGAUACCGAGUCGGCAGGGGGAGGGGAAGGAGAGGGUGGACGUGGUGGUGGAUAAGUAUACGGGGGAGGGACCAGAGUCGAACGCAGGACGGGAACGAGUGUUCGUGAGGUCGAGAUUGGGAACAGGGAGAAUGGUGGGGGUGGUACCGGGGGCAGGAGCGAUAAGGGGAGAACAAGGACCGUGGUUGGAGCUGCCAGAGCCGGUACGAGAAUUAGACCCUUUUUACACUGGUACCACUGCAGAUGCCUUGAACAAAACCGUUGCGCGUCCAGCAACGAAGUUCGAGGAGCUUUUUAAGGUCUAUCCUGUUCUUCAGACUAUUUUCAAGAACUUCUCGACUCGCGAGGUCUUGAAGUUAUGCCUCACAUCGGUGCAUCUCUGCCGUAUAAUAAAGGGAUCAAUCCAUGUUUUCUCGAACCAUAGAACCCCCUACACUGGUAUCAUAUUGAAUGCUACAGAAUCCACUUAUAAAAACAUAAUGUACGACUUCUUUUCUCAACAGGGCGAAUUGGAUCGUUUCCUUUUUUCGGAUAUCGUUGACUGGUCAACAAUCAAACACUUGGUUCUUGAUAUGACACCUCUCAAGCUCAAGAUACUGGCAGCUAUUGCCGAACGGUCAAGCUUGAUAACGCUUAGUGUAAAGUAUUCUACGAAUCUUACUCUGGACGAUAUCCAAGUUCUUCUUGAUCCAGAAAAUUCUCGUCGCUAUGAUACGCUUUACAAUACACACCUUCCGAAUUACAAUCAAUCUUCCCAGCAGCUAGGCCCACGCAAAGGGCUUCUCCCCGACCUGGAGCGUUUAUGCGUACGUACGUGUCGUGUUUUCUACCCACAGUUCAUGAUUUACUAA